AUGCCUCUACCGAAUCACAACAUGAAUAAAAACAACAAAAUAUCAGAAUUAAAGAGAAUCAUGGAAUUUCUUUAAGUUAAUGAACAAUCAAAGUACAAUGCCUAUCACCAAUACCAAUAAAAUCCAGAAGUGAAGGAAGAAAAAUAAGAGACUAUUCAGCUACCAAAAGCACAAUUUAAGAUUAAGAUAAAUUCUUCUAAUAAAUAAAUAUUACAACCACUAUAGGAGAUGAAUCAAGUUAAUGCUUCCACUGACAGACAAUAAAAUUGUCAGACAAAUAAUAUGAAACACAGAAAAACUCAUCUGAAGACUGAUCAUCAUCAAGAGUUUAUAAAGUCUUCUUCCAUUCACAGGAUACUUAAUAUUAAGGAAGUGAAACCUAGAAUGACCAAGUAGUUAAAUGAGGCAUAAAACAAAUAAAAAGAAUUUGAACUACUUUAAUUGAUGAUAGAGAAACACAAAGAAAACGUUUAAUAAUAUUUGCCUAAAAAGAACAGAUACUUAAGAUGA